CAAGGCCCAUUCUUCUUCCAACAAAUCACUGUUAGCCACCUGUGUACAAGGGUUUAAAUCCUCCUCACCGGACUGCAAAACCCCCAACAACACUUGUCACGCUCCACACCGAAUUUAAAUAUCAAACUCUCUCUCUCUCUCUCUCUCUCUCUGCUUCUUCUCAAUCUCGUCGAUCUAGUGCUGAAUCAUAGUCCAUAUACAACAUGAUACAGCUCCUUUACACUGUAAUCUUUGCCGAAAUGGCCUUGAUUUUGACGUUUCUGUUCAAAACCCCUUUGAGGAAGCUUGUUAUCAUGACUUUGGAUCGGGUGAAGCGAGGGAGGGGACCUGUUAUGGUCAAAACCAUCGCCGGAACUGUCUUCAUUGUGCUCUUGUCUAGUGUUUACAGUAUGAUCAAGAUUCAAAACCGGAUGCUCGAGGCUGGUGCUCCUAAUCCUACCGACCAGGUCCUUAUGUCCAGGCAUAUGCUUGAAGCGUCUCUCAUGGGAUUCUUGCUAUUCCUCUCGUUGAUGAUAGAUAGAUUGCACCAUUACAUUAGAGAACUACGUUUACUUAGAAAGACGAUGGAAGCUGCUAAGAAACAAAGCCAGAGCCUUGAUGAUGGGAAAAAUGGUAAUUCAGAGAAGACCAAAGGGCUGAAGGAUGAGAUUGUUAACUUGAAGACUAAGAUCAAGAACCUAGAAUCUGAAUGUGAGGGAAAAGCGAAACAAGCAAAGGCAGCAGAAACUGAAGCUGAGGCUUUGCGAAAACAAUCUGAAGGUUUCCUUCUAGAGUAUGAUCGCUUGCUAGAGGACAAUCAGAACCUAAGAAACCAAUUGGAGUCGAUAGAUCAGACUUUAUUACAGUCUGAUGACAAGAAGAAUAUGUGAGAUAGUAAUUACCCAAUGCAGUUCCCCUCCUUUAAUUGAUUGCCAUCAAGCUAUUUGGUACUUUGGACUUAGAGUAGAUGGCUAGGGAGUUGAAAUGGUGUUCCUUGUGUAUGUAUUAGUAUGAAAAUGAUGGAAUGGUUAGGGUUAGAAACUGCUUAAAGUUCAACAUAUAUGGUUAACUUGUUACCUGUUUCUGUGUAAA